AUGUCUUCGUACAAGAUCCGCUACCUGGAGACCGGAGAGGAGCAAGAGCGACCAUGGAUGCUUGUCAACGAGCACGAAAAAUCUUCCUGGAAUGUGGCUAGCCAAACGGAUCCUGCAAUCGAGCCUUUCCAUCAGACAUUGCCUGACUACAACGAAACCAAGCUACAUGCAUUGCCAGCAGUUGCUUCACAACUUGGACUUUCUCAUGUCUUCAUCAAAGACGAGUCUACCCGGUUUGGACUGCCGGCUUUCAAAAUCCUCGGAGCGAGCUGGGCUAUCCAUAAAGCUAUCUGCCAACGCCUAGAUAUCCCUGUAGCUUCAGCAUUAGACGACGUGCGGAAGUCUUUGUCCACGGCUCAGUCAUCUGGCAACGCGAUUCGACUCGUGACUUGCUCAGAGGGCAAUUGGGGAAGGGCGACUGCUCGAAUGGCGAAGAUACUUAGCAUACCUGCGACUAUUUAUGUUCCCGGUUUCAUGAGUGAAUAUACGCAGAACUUGCUGCGUGGGGAAGGUGCAGAUGUCAAAGUUCUGAAAGAUGGCUCGUACGAUGAUUCUAUCUCGGCUACCAGGCACGACGCUGAAACGACUGGGGCGUUGAUGGUCAUGGACACAAGCUGGGAGGGCUACCAAGACGUGCCACAGUGGGUCACCCAAGGCUACAGCACAAUGCUGACAGAGACCGACCGGCAAGUCGACUCACUCACCGGUGGACUGAAGCCGAACACGCUCUUUGUAUCCGUAGGUGUUGGCUCCUGGGCUCAUUCAGUCGUUGCACAUUACAAAGCAGCAGACGCUACCAAUCGCAUCAUCAGCGUAGAACCGGACAGUGCUGCCUCGCUCAAAGAGUCGUUGCACGUGGACAAGCUGACGUCGAUUCAAACUGGCGAGACAAUCAUGGCUGGCAUGAACUGUGGCACUCCCAGCCUUAUCGCCUGGCCUGUCCUCAGAGAUGGAGUUCGCGCCGCGGUCACCGUGACAGAUUCUGAGGCUCACAAGGAUGUGGAAUAUUUGAAGAAGCAAGGCGUCAAUGCUGGGCCUUGUGGAGCGGCGACACUUGCAGCGUUGAGGAAAUAUGCAGAUACUCUGGAUGCACAGGAACGGGCGAAUAUGAUUGUUGUGUUGUUCAGUACUGAGGGAUGGAGACAGUACAAAGUUCCAACCGUCAGUAUGUCUUCAACAUCAUGA